AUGUCGGAGCCGGCGCGGCGCGGCGCCGCUUACACCAUCGACAACAUCCUCGGACGACACUCCCCCGACGAACCCUCGUCCCGGGGCGCGACUCCGGAGUCGGAGUGCGGGCGCUCGGCCUCGCCCCCCUCGCCCCGCGCGCCGCCCCCGCGCUCGCCCUCCCCGCAGCACGAUGACGUCACCAGCCGCCCGCGCAAGGUGCGUCGCUCGCGCACGACGUUCACGACGCUCCAGCUGCACGAGCUGGAGCGCGCGUUCGACGCCACGCAGUACCCGGACGUGUUCACGCGGGAGGAGCUCGCGGCGCGGCUCGACCUCAGCGAGGCGAGGGUGCAGGUGUGGUUCCAGAACCGGCGCGCGAAGUGGCGCAAGCGGGAGAAGGCGCUCGGCCGCGACCACCCGCCCUUCCUACACCACGACCACGUGAACGAGUUCGGUGCGGGCGAGUGGUGGCGGCUGGUGGCGCCCCUGCCGCCCGCGCUGGAGCCCGCCGCCGCCUUCCGCGCCCUGCUGCAUAGGUACGUGCUGGCAAUGCCUCCCCCCGCGCCCCUCGGCGCGCCCUCCCCCCCCGCGGACCUGCGGCUGCACCACGACGCGCUGGAGCGAGCGAGACAGAUCAACAAGAUGCACACAUAGCACGCGUGCGAGGGAGACGGCAACAUCUGCCAUCUGUGAGCUGGUUGGACCCAGCAGUGAGCUGAGAAGUCUAGAACAUUCCAGAUGACGUGUAGAGCUUUGAUAGACUCGUGUUAGGAAAGUGAUAGUGGAAGUGAAGAUAAAGACUCUGAUCAGAAUAAUAACAGUGGACACAGAGGCUUCGAUAUCAUGGAUGAAUGUGUUUGAUAUAAAAGAAGUUAUGUACUUACUAAUACUUGUAUUUGUAUAGUAUUAUCAUUCAAAGGGAAAAAAGUGCCUGGUUUACCGAUGGUUCACCGGGACGUGAGUGGUUACUGAAGCAAAUGUCUUGAUUUGGUGACCAACGUAAAUGUUAUAUGCUUUGAUAAGCAAGCAGGCAAAUAUGUGCAAAAUAAUAUGGUUUAUCUACAUUACUUAAUAUUGUAUUAUAUUUUGUUAUAUUCUUAUUGUGAAUGCACAUUAUAAUUAUUAUAGGUAGCACAGGAUUGUCUGUUGAAGUUGAAAUUAAUAUUUAAAUUCUUUCAUCUAAUUCAUUGUAACGAAUAAUGUGUGACAAAUAUUGAAAUAUCUUGCUCGUCCAUGGACCAUAUCGGUUGCUGCGGAACUUCAAUUAUUGUUUCUUUUGAUUUAUUAUUUUUCGAUAAAUUUAUCUCUAAAACACUUGUGCCUUAUCUGUAAACAUAAUCUAAAUUUCGUCUCAGUAUAUAUCUUGAAGCCUAUAACUAAUACCUUCCAUUCAAUAUCUCCAUAAUGUGUUCCAUUGUAAUGUCAACACCAUUCCAUUGAUCUCACUAGUAGUUAUUUUAAAGAGCUAAAUAAUAUCUUAAAAAUUGUAUAGGUAAGAUGUCUGACCAUUGUAAAUAUUGUAAAUGCUGUAGAAAUUGUUUUACUAUUAAGUUAUAUUUAUAAUUACACUUUGUUUAUGAAGAGGUACAUAACCAUAAUAAAAUUAAAUGAUAGAAUAUUUAAUAAGUAAGUAUUUAAAUAGUUAUAGUAUGUAAUUAUACAUAAUUUAUUGUCAGUAGCGAUGUAGUUGUAGAUGUUUGCAAAACUUUAGUUUAUCAGUAGAGGCGUUCAA